AGUCCUCCAAGUCGCAUUCAAAGUGACUUGAAACAAAAAGAAACCCUGAAAAUGGCAAUUGCAAAUUCGAGAAUAUUAAUACAACAGGCGGCCUUGUGCGUCUGCUUCGCCACACUAGCACUAGCUAGCCCUCAGUUCCAGUUCCCCGGCACCAACCCGGGCACCUUCCCAGGCACCACCAACCCAAGCAAUGGAGGAAACAACGGCGGCACAGGUUCAGGGACAGGCAGCGGGACAGGAGGAACCGGCAAUGGGAACGGCAACGUCAAUGGCAACGGCAAUGGAAAUGGCAACGGGAAUGGCUUCGGCGGCAACGGCCAAGGGUUCGGCAGCAAUGGCGGCGCGGAUGGCUUCAACAACUUUCUCGGCUUCGACGUCAACCGCGCCAUGUAUCUGCGCAUGGUGCACGGCUGGGUCGCCUCGGUCGCCUUUGUCAUCCUCUUCCCGCUCGGGUCCAUUUUCAUCCGCGUCAUCCCGGGCCGAUUCGCGUACCUGGCACAUGUCGCGACCCAGAUCAUCGCCUCGAUACUUUACAUCGUCGGCGCCGGCAUAGGGUUCUGGAUGAUAGCCACGAUUCGGUUCCCGUUCAACGGUGGCUCGCUGUUGACUGAUCCAAAUAUAAACUUCCAUCCGAUAAUUGGAAUCGUCGUAUUCAUCGGCGUCCUGGCCCAACCCGGUCUGGGCUUUAUGCACCACUCCAACUACAAGAAGCUGGGUCGCCGAACGAUCUGGUCGCACCUGCAUCUGUGGAACGGCCGGACCAUGAUCGCCCUGGGAAUCAUCAACGGCGGCCUGGGCCUGCUGGUAGCGCGGGCUUCAGACCAGGCAAGGACGGCCUACGCCGCCGUGGCCGGCGUCAUGUCGAUUUUGUGGAUCCUGGCGUCCAUUUUCGGCGAGUGCAAGAAGGCGAUCGAGGUCAGGAGGCAGAGCCGGGCGGCCAGGAAGGAGGCCAAGAGGACCGAGAGGAUGGCGGCCAAGAGCUUGUCUAGGCCACCUAGCCAGGAGGGAGCCCCUGUUUAAGGAGCGUUCUCCCAAAUGCGAUGUUGACGGUCGUUUGGGGAUCUAGAAGAGUUCCUGGAUAGAGUUGGUGGAGACAACCCUUUAUUUCUUUCAUUCCUUCAAUCGGUUUUAGGGUCUUUUUUUUUCUAGUUUCCCACUUUCCUUUUCAUGAAGCGGGCCUUGCACAUUUUGCACCAGUUUGAUAGACAGACGGCAACCGCGUAGUCGAGAGCCCGAGCACAUAG